AUGGGUUUGACGCAGUCCCAGCCUCCCUCCGAGGAACAAGAGAAGAAGGACCGUAAGCGCCUGGCGGUGGUGAACGAGAUAGUGCAGACCGAAGACACCUACUCCUCUUGCCUGGACAUUAUCGUUCGUGUCUACCAAGCGCCGCUGGAAGAGGCUGUCGCCCAGGGCAAGCCCAUCAUCACGCAAGAAGAGGUCGUGGCGGUCUUUGCCAACAUCAGGGAGAUACAGCAGCUGCACGCCAACUUGGCCAAGGAGCUGCGCGACGCCCAGGGUGGAGCAGAAAAUGGCCCCUUCACCCACGUCUUUGUCAAAUAUGUCAGCUCCUUCAGGAUCUACACUGAGUUUGUGAACAAUUACAACAACUCGCUGGACAAUCUGUCGCGAUGCCAGAAAAAGAAGAAGGGCUUCCAGCAAUUCCUUGCCGAUGCCAACAGGCAUUCCGAUUGCCGCGGCAGGGAUCUGCCCACAUUCCUCAUCACGCCCAUCCAGCGGCUGCCGCGAUAUAUUCUGCUGCUGCAGGAGCUGCAAAAGCUCACACCGUCGAAGCACAAGGACUACAAGAACAUCGGCAGAGCGCUUAGCGACAUCAAGCAGAUGACCGACUACAUCAACAGAGAGAAGCAAGUAGCAGAGAUGUACCAAAAGCUGCUCCAAAUCCAAGAGGCGUUCGUCGACGACAUUUCCCUGCUGUCCAAGCAAAGGCAGCUUGUGCAGGAGGGAGAGUUUAACUAUCGAAGGAAGAGCAAGAGGGGCUUCAAGCCCGGCUUGCAUUUCUUCCUCUUCAACGACAUGCUUCUACUUGCUCGCCCGAGGUCUGCCGUUGGCCGAGUGUCGUCGCUGAUGACGGGUUCCGAUGCGUCGUGGAAGAUGUCGGCCUACUCGCAGCUCUCGCAAGUCGAGGUACAGGACAUUCCAGACUCCAAAGAUGAGGAGUUUUGCAUUCUCCUCGUAAUUGCAAACAAGGAGUACGUGGUCAAGUUCGGCUCGCAGCAGGAAAAGGAGCAGUGCAUGACCCUCUUCUUCACCACCAAGUCCAAGUCUCAUCGGGUGGCCUUUGUGGACAUCAUCGCUGUGUCGUCGUCGAGCCGCUCGGUUCCGGUGGCCCCGAGAAACGACGGUCGAGCUGCAUCUGAGAAGGACAAGCUCGCCAAGGAGAAGGAGAAGCAGGCCAAAGAGAAAGAAGAGAAGAAGAAGAGGGAGACCAUGAAGAAGGAGAAGGGCAAGGAGAAGAAGGGAGACAAGAAGAGCAAAGGCAAAGGGAAGAAGGAGGAGCCGCCGGCCGAUGCACUCACCUCUAUCAUGAACGGCUUCUCGUCGUUCUACUCCUCCAUCUCCGGUCCAGCUCCCGAGGAAUCAAAGGGCAAGAAGAACAAGAAGUGA